AUGGACUCCAUUCACAGGAGUCCCUCCGAGGACGGGCUGAUGGUGCUGGAGAAUAUGGACUCCACCAUGCAGCUGCUUCAGAGGUCCGAUGGUGUAACGAAGGGGUCAUAUCAAGUGGCGAAAUGGAAUGGCACAAAGGUCUCCGCAAAGAUACUAGACAAGAACAGCUUUUUGGACCCUGAGACCAUAAAUGCUUUCAAGUAUGAGCUAACUUUGUUAGAGAAAGUCCUGCAUCCUAUUCUGGUUCAAUUUUUCGGAGCUGUUACUCUAAAUAUUCCGAUGAUGUUUGUUUCCAAGUAUCAAUCUAGCGGUGACCUGAGAUGCUACCUUCGCACGAAAGGACGAUCAUCGCCGCAUAAAGCUUCGAACUUCGCUCUCAACAUAGCCAGUGGAAUGAAUUACCUUCAUGAUUACAAAUCCGAUACGAUAAUUUUCGGCCAUUUAAGCCCAGAGUACGAAGGUCAGUUGAAGGUAGCUGGAUUUGGUUUGUUAAGAUUGUCGUACAUAUCAUACAAUAAGGCAAAAUUAAUGGAGGAACAUAUCGAUCCAUCGAGCGAGUUCAUAUUUAUUCUGGUUUAG